AUGUAUAUUCUAUGUAAAGGUUGGAUAAUUGUAAUAUUGAUAUGUUCAUUUAUUUGGAGAGCAAAUACAUAUAAAGCAGAACAAAUUAUACGUCGCGGUCCUGGUCAAGAUCCACAAUGUGCAGACCCUUUAAUUAAUUCAGUUGAUAAAUUUCCAGAUACUUCAUUUUCAUCUAGUAGUGUUUGGAAGAACGCCACUGAUUUCCAGCCAUUUCGAGCUAGGUUAACAGAAGUUUAUGGAAGUAAUGAACAUACAAGUGGUUAUGCAUGGUGUCCAAAUACACAUGUAGAGGAUGGUUUACGUGAAUGGAUUCAAGCAGAAUUUUCACAUUUAGUCAUUAUUAGUGUUAUAUUUACAGCUGGACGUGGUGAUGGAAAUGUAAAAGAAUAUAUGCCAAAUUUUGUUUUACGAUAUCAACGGGAAGAUAAUGGUGUGUGGUAUGAACAUGUAAAAACUGAUGGUACACGAGUCCUCAAAGCUAAUAAUGAUCCACGAAAUAUUGCUAGAACUACACUUGAUUCAGUGGUUAUCGCUAAACGUAUCCGUAUCUACCCUUAUAGUCAUCGAUCAAAACAACAAGUUUGCUUACGAUUUGCAUUGUAUGGAUGUGAUUUCCCAGAUGGUGUCAUAUCUUAUUCAAUGCCACAAGGUGAUACUAUCACAUAUGGUCAACAAUUAUUAUUCGGUUCACCUUAUUCUACUAUUCCACAAAAUUUUCAAGAUUUAACUUAUGAUGGUCAAUUGAUUGAAUUAGAAAAUCAAUUAGUCGGUGGAAUAGGUCAAUUAAUGGAUAAUAUUGCUUAUUUAGGCAAUGUUACUCAACAUUCAGAUUCUCAUCCAGCUCAACCUGGUUUUCAUUUUAUUGGUUGGAAUGUUCCAAAUAAGAAUUUACGUAUUGUUUUUAAAUUUGAUGAAGUUCGAACUUUUAUUUGGUUACGUAUAUUCACAUUCGACUCUGUCCCAUUGAAAUCACGUGUAUUUUCACAAGCUAUCGUUGAAUUCAGUAUGGAUGGAAAGAAUUUUGAUAAAUCCAUUGAAAUUUCAACAAAUCAUGCUCGUCUAAUUGAUCCAAGUCAAAUUAAUCCAACACGAUUGUCUAUAUCUGAUAAUGAUAUACAAUCGUCAUCAUCAUUAUCUAGAUUAAAAAGAACAUCAAAUUCAAUGCACAAUGGAUUAAUUCAAGACACUAUAAUUUAUAAUAAUCAUGAAUGGGAUGGUGCAUUAGUAGUACAAAUCCCAUUAGCCAGUUAUAGAGCGCGUUAUGUUAGUUUGACUUUAACAUCAACUGACUCAUGGAUUUUAUUAUCUGAAGUACAAUUUAAUUCAACUAUUGUACAGCCUAAAUCUCUACUACCGUUAUUAUCCAAUGAAGAGAUUAAUAAUAAUAAUAAUAAAUCAAUGAAAAAACCACCCGAUGAUGAUACUUCUAAUCAUUUAGAUAAUUCUCAGAAGAAAUUAUUCAAUACAGAUGAAAAUUCAUUUCGUGCUUCAUCAAGAAUAGGGGAUCAUUCAGAAAUGUUAAAUAAACAAGAUAUAAGAAACUCUAAUAAACCUAUGAAUCCAGAAAUUCAUUCACCAAUGAGUGUAGGCAACGAGAAGUCACUUACAUCGAAUCAUGAAAUUCGUUCAGCUGAAGAGAAUCUUGGUAAUCAUAAUGAAAAUUAUUAUUCUGCAUCUUCUUCAUCAACAUCAAUUUCAUCAUCAUCAUCAUCAUCAUCAUCAUCAUCACUGUCAGCAUCAUCAUCACAAUUAUCUCAAAUUAUUGUCAUUGUAUCUUAUGUACUAGGUGCUAUACUUUGUUUAUUCAUCUUGCUAGCUAUAAUAAUUAUUAUACAGAGAAAAUGUAAACAUUAUUUACAUUUUAAACAUCAAUGUUGUAAACAAUUAACAGUUGAAACAACAGGGAUUUCACCUAAUCAAUCCGGUGGAUUUUAUUCACCACUUUCUUUAAUUGGUACAUGUGGAAGUACUAAUCAUCAUCCUCAUGGAGUGAAUAGUUUAUUAAAUUAUAAUGUUGUAAAUACAAUGAAUAUUCCAGAAGCUGCAAAACUUUUACAAUCUUUAUCUACGCUAUCACCUAAUACAAGAACAACGUUAACAACUACAACAACAGAUAAUUUUGUACAUAAUAAUAAUAAUAAUUGUUUAUCGAAUAAUGGUGGAAAUGUUGGCGGUGUCGGCGUCAAUCAUACUGUUCUGCAUCAUCCAAAUAACAUAUUACAAUAUACUAUGAAUAAUAAUAGUAAUACUUUAGCCACAGAAAGUAAUUCAAUCAUUGUAAAUAAUAACAAUAAUCGGUUAUUCGGUACAACAUGUGCUAAUAGUAUUGGUGGGAUCGGGGAUGGUCGUAUAAGUAAAUUAGAUUAUGCAUCUACAAUUGGUCAACCACUACCACCUCCACCUCCCCCCACACUACCGAAUGGUUUAUUACUACCUUGUAUACCUCAAACUGGUGUUGUCGGUGGUAUUGGUAUGAAUCAUCAUAAUCAUCCUGGAAAAACUGAUCAGCAUCACCACCAAAUCAUUGAACAACCAACAAGUAUAUAUAUGCAAACCAAUGCUGCUAAUCGAUUGGUUGGAAAUGAUUUGAAUAGUUUAAAUGGAAUGAGUCCUGAAUAUGCCAGUGCAUCUAUAUUCGGCUUUACACCACCACCAUCGGAUCUAUCAGAUGGAGCAUCUAUUCAUUGUGGAGAGAACAACAAUAAUGGUAAUAAUAAUAUUCCAUCGAAUUAUUAUCGUCCAAUUAUUUCAAGACUUGGUAAUAAUCAACAUUAUCCAACAUCUGGUUUGAUGCCUAAUUUAAAUUCCAAUUACAAUGGACCUGUUAGUACAUUAUCGAAUACAGGGGGGCCAACUUAUGAAUUGCAUACAAAAAUUCAUAUUUUACCUAACGACACUAUAAAUAAUAAUAAUAGUAAUAAUAAUAUUAAUAAUAAUGAGCAAUUUUAUUCAUCAACUGUAAAUCAACCAAAUGCAACAGGAUUUUUAUUUCUUCCACGUUCACAAAUUGGAAAUGUUGGGGGAGGUGGAGGCGGUACUAUGAUGAAUCGAAUAUCAUUUGCUACUAAUCAAUUUCCACAAUUGAGUCAUACUAAUAUUCCUAGCAAUAAUGGAUUUAUAUCUGUAACAAGUGGAGAUUUAUAUAAUAUCUAUCAAACAACUGGGAUAAAUCUACCAAUUCAAUCAAAUUUACAGACCUCUCUACAACAACAACAACAACAAAUGUACUGUCAACAACAGCCAACUGAAUAUAAGUUUAUUAAACAAUCUGAUGAUAAUACAACAUGGCAAUUAUCAUCAACAUUAUCGAAUAAUCGACAAUCAAUUAUUAUCAAUUCGACACCUCAACAGAUAUCACCAUUUACCGAACAAUGUUUAAAUAAUUUAGAUUCUUCAUGGACCGGUACUGUAAAUAGUAAUAAUAAUGAUAAUAAUUCUCAUAGAAUAACAAAUAUGCCAGAUACAAAUAUAAUGGGUACAUUGAAAGCUAACUAUUUCCUCCCUAUUAUGAAUACUUCAACUACACUAAAUAAUAAUAAUGAUAAUAAUAAUCCUAAACACGAUGAACAACAAAUUGCACAAUCAUAUUUUCUUGCAAAUCAUCAACAAGGGAAACAACAACAAAUUACUUAUCCUUCAUUUCCUCCUCCACCGCCACGAAUACUUACUUCAAUAAAUUCAGGGAUAUUGUCAACUACAUCACCAUCAACAACAAUAUCAACAACCAUUACAUCACCGAUAUCAUCAAAUGAACUAAAUUUUUCUCGUAGUAGUCCAGUAGGUGCAACAGAGGCAAUAACAACAAUAUCGACAGAAUCUGGAGCUACGAAUGGAGACGGUGGGGGUGGUUGUUAUACAAUGAUUGAUUGAAAACACAAUAUCUGAUCCUCCUGUACCAUUUUAUUCUGUAUGUUUAUAAGAUAUCAUUGUCUAUGUAGAAAUUAACACUAACGACAACAGCCAUAAUAAUAAUAGUAGUAGCAGUAGCAGUAGUGAAUAACACCUUUAUAGGACUGUGUAUUACAUAAAAUACAAACAUUUAUCAUGCAUAUAUAUAUGGAAAAAUCUAUGUGUAUAUUUGCCUUAUUUCUAGUAUGAACAGGGAAUUCAUUUGGAUACAUGUUUGAUAUAACAAGGCAGUUCUCUUACUGGCUACUGCAAAUAAUAGUAUCAAUGAUACUAUUUCCUCGUCCCCCCCCCCGACAGGGGUGUGUGUAUGGAUUAAAAUAUUUCUAUUUCAACUUGUACAAAAUAAGUUUUUGUUUUUUUUUCUGAAAAAUAAAAAAAAGAAACAAUUCGAUAUAAAUUCCAUUGAUUUUCCGUUUCUUAUUGUUGUUGAUUGUUCUGUCAAAUCAUCAUCAUCAUCAUGUUUGUUUGUUUUAUAAUCGUCAUCUUCACCAUCGUUGAAUCUGAUUUAUCUUCUGUCUUGAUUAAAAUAUGUUUACAUGCUUUUUUUUACUGUUUCUUUCUUCAAUAAUUGUCUUCCAUUUCCCUCCCCCCCACACACACAAAGAAAAACGAGGGAAUGAUUAUUUCAUUUUCAUUUUAAAGAAUCAAUAACAAAAUCUUCCAUAUUUCAAUGAGAACAUUCAACACUUUACCCCCGGUGGUUGUUACUCUUUCUCUUCUCUUUUUUUAUUUAAAAAAGUUAGAUGUAUGUGUAUCUUCUGCAUGUUUUGUUUUUCCGUUGAAAAAUGAAAACUCAACUAAGAUGAACUUGUAAAAAUGGGAUUUGUAUGUCAUUGAUUAACAGUUUAUCUUUCACAGCUAUUCUACUAUAACAACAACAACAACAACAUAAUUAUCCAUUUGAUUUUCUAAAUAGAAAUAAAAUUUCCCGAUUUCCAAGAUGAUUCUUUCUUG